AUGGGGUCCAUAGGUGUUCUCCUCGUUACUCAAGUAGCUCUUUACUUAGAACAAGAACUCAACAAACGCUACAACCUUUUCCGCCUAUGGGAUUACCCGCAAAAACCACACUUCUUAACUCAACACGGCGCCUCAAUCCGUGCGGUGGUCGGACGGUCGACGGCCGGCGCCGAUUCUGAACUCAUUGACGCACUGCCGAAUUUGGAAAUCAUUUCGAGCUCCAGCGUUGGUGUUGAUAAGAUCGAUCUUAUCAAGUGCAAGGAGAAAGGGAUUCGCGUUACGAAUACACCAGAUGUAUUGACCGAUGAAGUUGCUGAUUUGACUAUUGGUUUGGUCCUCGCGCUUCUUAGAAGGAUUUGCGAAUGUGAUGGAUAUGUUAGAAGUGGGAAUUGGAAGCGUGGUGACUACAAGCUCGCCACUAAGUUCUCUGGGAAAACCGUCGGCAUUAUUGGGCUGGGAAGGAUUGGCACAGCAAUUGCCAAGAGAGCCGAAGGUUUCAAUUGUUCAAUAUGCUACUAUUCUAGAACUCAAAAGCAGGAAUCAAAAUACAAGUACUAUCCAAGUGUUGUUGAGGUCGCAUCCAACUGCGACAUACUAAUUGUUGCCUGCUCUCUUACAGCGGAAACCCAUCAUAUCAUUAACCGAGAGGUCAUUAGUGCACUUGGUCCGAAGGGUUUCCUAAUAAAUAUCGGUCGAGGUAAACAUGUUGAUGAGCCAGAGCUGGUCUCUGCAUUGCUUGAAGGUCGUUUGGGUGGAGCUGGACUCGAUGUAUUUGAAAAUGAGCCUCAUGUUCCUGAAGAGCUACUUGGGCUAGAAAAUGUUGUCCUGUUGCCUCAUGUUGGAAGCGCCACAGUAGAAACUCGAACUGUCAUGGCUGACCUUGUUCUUGGAAACCUAGAGGCCCAUUUCCUUGGAAAGCCACUUCUAACUCCCUUGAUUUAG